GUAACAACACAGUUGUCGGUGUUGUAUUUUUCUGCAACAGAUAAAUUUUUGAUUUUAUCGUAUUUCUUGUUAAUUAGACUGAUCCCAUUGGAGAUAGUUUACGUAUGAGUAAAGGGAUGGGAGUUGAGCCAGGGCUGCGACCGACUUCACCGGUUCAUGUUCAUGUGGAAGAAGAUGUUCCUGUACACGUUCACAUUAAGAAGGGAACAAAGAAGGGAAAACUUACCAAGUCAAUUCCGUCUACCUGUAUCAAGAAGCGAGGAAAGCUCCACAAAAGUGCAGUGAAGUCUGUAGUGGGAUCGUACAGCGCAGACAAUCUGAGAUCAUCUCGGUUAAGGAGGAGUACAUCUUCAUCUCGUGUUAGGAGCCACAGUCCGGGGGGUGGUCCAUGGGUGCCGCCCCCAGGAAAAACAUCAAGAGGCUCAAAGUCAAUCUCCUGGCAGGGUCCGACUCACCGACUGGAGAUUAACCCGACAAAGGAUCUGUUAAUAACCGACUUGUCGACAGAUGAAGAGGAACGAGUUCAUGGUCAAAUGCAAAAUUAUGAAAAGAAAAUUGACCACUUGAUGUCAGAGGUCGGAAGUUUAAAAAAUGAGGUUGAGCUCCAGAACGUGCUGUCUGAGAUGGAGAAGAAAGACGACCUCCUGCAGCAGUCGCAGCACGUGAUCGAGAAACAGGAGCUGGAUCUGCAGGACUUCCAGCAGGAGCUGUCCGUCACUGAGCGACAGAACCGCCUACUCAGACAGAGCAUGGACCUGCUGGGCAAUGACUUCUCGUCUAAGAGAGAUUUGUUUCGGAUAGAGCGUGAGACCCUGAUGAAGAAGCUGAUUGAGGUUGAGAUGGACGGACAGGCGGUGAGUCAGCAGGUGCGUGAGCUGCGCGACUCGGUCCUGCGCCUACGGGAAGAGCCACGCCUGUCGGCCACCGAUGUCAAGAAGCUGAGCAACCAGAAGGAGAGGCUGCUGGAGAAGAUGGCGGACUUCGAGGCCACCAACCAGUGCCUGCGGCUCCUGCUGCGCGAACAGCACCAGGGCGAGGCCGUGGCCCUGCGCGUCGUCGAGCAGAAGGAGGUCCUCAUCCAGAAACUGACCGAUUCCGAGCGAGUCAAUGAGAGACUUCGAGCGAAGGUAAUUGAGAACGAGCAGCAUGUGAGAGAUGUAUGGAAACAAGUGACUGCACAGAAGGAGGAGAUUCUGGCGAUGCGGAACAUCCAGACUUCGAUGGAGAGCACUCGAGCUCACCUCCAGAAGCAGCUGCGCCAGAAAGAGGCUGACUGUAACAGAAUGGCCGUCCAGAUUCGGACCAUAGAGGGCAACACUGGUCAGUACAGGACAGAGAUCGAACACCUGCAGUCCCUGCUGGACAAGGCCAAGGACAAGCUGACCCACGACAAGGAGAGUCUGAAGAAAGCCACCAGAGCUCAAAAGCAGCGUGCUGAACGGAAUGAAGAAGCUCUAGAAAGACUGAGUGCUCAGCUCGUUGAGAGGGAGAGGCUAGUGGCCCACCUUCAAUCCGAGAUUGGCCAGUAUGACCUCAAGUUUGAGAGCGUAGACAAAGAAAGGGCCGUCACUCAGGUUGAAAACAAUGCACUCAACACACGUAUUAAAGAAUUAGAAAACUUGCUGGAUCGGGUAGAAGAGAAUUCCAAGUCACAAGUGGAUGAAAUAAGUGUGAGAGUCCAUGAAAAGAACACAGAACUCUCGACUCUCCGCUUGGAAAACGACCGCUUAAAGUCUUCCGUUAUCAACAUGGAGUGCAAGUUUAAACAGACUGAAGAAGAGAUGGUUGAGCUGAGAAAGAACUUGAAACAGUAUGAGAAAAUCACAGAGGAAUAUAAAGAUCAGAUGAACAAGUCGCGCCGUGAGGCCGACGAUACGAUAGUGCGUCUUGAAGUGAAACACCAGGAAAACGGCCGUCUACAACACGACAGCGAGGUGGAACUAGAGCUGGUUAAGGUGCGUCUCCAACAACGACUUCAGGAACUAGAACCAUUGCCAGAACUCCUGCGGGCCACAGAACUCAAAUUACAGUGUUGUAAUGACCAGCUACUGGGCUAUGAGCGCAAGAACACAGAAAACACUAAACUCAUUGCAGAAUUCACCGCCAAAGUGGAGCACAUGUCUGAGACCCUGGACCAGAUGAGGGGAAACUUCCACGGUGUGCAGGACGAAAACAGAACACUGCUCACCAAGAUGGACAACUUGGAACGGAAACUUUGCGAAGUGGAGGAACAGAACAGAGAGUUGUUAGCUACAGUCGCCAAGAGAGAAGAAGCCAUCCACCAGAACAAUUUGAGACUGGAGGAGAAGACACGUGAGAAUGCCAGUUUGACUCGUCAGCUCGAGAACGCACUGUCCGACAACCGCCGACAGAUGGAGCAGGCACGCGAUCGCUUCGCCGCCAAGGAGCGAACCUAUCAGACUCGUAUUGUUGAUCUUGAAACUCAGCUGAGUCAACUCCGAUCAGAGAUUGCCAGAACGAAACGAGAGAAGGAAGAGAAUGAAAGAAAGUUCAACUCACGUUUGUACGACCUGAAGGACCGACUAGAACAGUGUCACUCCACAAACCGGAGCAUGCAGAACUAUGUGCAGUUCUUGAAAAACUCUUACGCCAACGUGUUCGGAGAUACCUCAGUUGCCAUGCCAACGUCACCCAUAAAGCCAGGAUUACCCUAACACUGGUUUCCAUCACCAUAGGAAAUAUAGUCACAAGUCAAGGGUGUCCCACUGUCAGAAAGCAACACCAGUCCACCACUUGUGUUGGAAUGUCUUUUUGUAGCAGAAGUGCAUAGCAAAUGGGUGGAAUGCUUGGAAACCCUUGGACAGUAUUUACUAACAGCUCUAUUAUAUUAGGUCAGACAUCACAACUCGCGCAGUUCUUCAUCCUGUCAGUUAUAAAUGAGGAAACGGUAGCACUUGCUGAGCCAGUUAUUGCACACUGAAAAUGGUAAUAUUUGAAAUGAUAAAACUAACUCAAAAGGCAAAAACAUCAAGUAAUACUGUAACACUAGUUAUUUUUGAUCUUCAGCUGCUAAUCAUUAUAAUGGCGUUCAAGUAUCAAAAGCCAAUUGGAUGAACCAACCUAUAUAAUAUUGUCAAUUGAACAGGCAGAUGACUUGCCCUUAUACAAGACACACUCCAAUACAAAAACUAAAUUUUCACCAAUAAUAAAAGUUGAUAAUUUAUGACCGAACCUGAAAAAGAUUUGUUAGUGUGGUCAGCAAGAAGAGAAUCAUGUUUAAACAUUUGAAACUGACAAGAUGGACACCAUCCUGACAACAAGCUGUUCACUCUAGUUCACAUUUCACUCAUUGUAGUAGUAGUAGUAGUACAUUGGUAAAAAAAAAAGUAAACAAUAUUUUUGAAGGAAAUGUAAAUCAUAAUCUCCAAGCAUCGCCUGUCUUUAUCAUUUAGUCAUCUCUCGAUACGUGUAUGCAGCAGAACCACAAAAACAGUGAAUAUAGCGAACACAUUACACCAGUGUUUCAAAGCAGAACUCAUUUCACAAAACAUCUGAACACGGAUUAUGUUCACUCACCAACAAAUGUAGUGUCUUGGGUCUUCUUCAUGCGACAGGUGCAACCGCUAAUCCAAAAGAUUAACGUGUGAUGGUUUGUAAAAUUGAUGAUGGUUGUCUAGUACCAGAAGUGAUGCAGAGAGCUCCUAUUGUAUUUAUAAGGUUGACGUUUUUUACUUUUCGCUUGCAUUCAUCUGAUUGGACCAGUUGUGUGCAAGAAUUGGAUUUAAAAAAUGUGACUCUGACAGCCCACUGUGAUAUUAUAUAAAUGUUCUCAAAAUAAGUGGAUGAAUCUCUGGAUGAUCAUUAUUUUAUAAUCAUUCACCAGCUUGCACUCCAUCCAUCAUUCUGUUUGGCAGUCUCGGUGUAUCAAAGUUAUCAUUUAAAAAAAAAAAACCCCACAACCAUCCAGCUAGAUUUGUGUUAAAAAUAUGAGUAUUGUCCUCACAGUUUUCUAUCAUGCUCAUUAAGCUAGGAAGUACACUGCAAAUUAACCACUUCUAUCUUAGUGUCAGUUAUUUAUUAUUUUGUUUUAAUUUUUUCUGUUUGGAAAACAGUUUAUUUGUGCAACAUUUAUUUCCAAAGGAAAUGUCUUCAUACUGGAUGGUUCACUAUUGUCCGAACCAAAUUGUUAACAACUACGAAAAAUUACUCUCCUACCUUUAAUUGCCGUUAG